UCCUGUGGAUGGCGAACUUUGACGCAAUUUUUGAUGAAAAUCUUCAAGAGGACGAGCAAGUCUCUCAGGUUUCUGACGAACUUGUUCAAGUGACCCCAGAGCCGGUGGUCAUUCGCGGCGUAGGACAUAUGACUGUGUGAGUUGUGUUUACGCUUUUCGAGAGCAUUCACUCGAAGUUCAUAUUUGUUCUGUGCCUUUUUGGCUCUACUUACCAACUACAUUAUACCUUGCAAUGGCACAAGUUAAUUGCUUUUUCCAUUGGUUGUUCUUCUGGCUUAUAGAUUUGGUCUCAAUAGCAAAUUUGACGUGGAAUUUAAGCAAGGACUCAGCGCUAAGGUAGGGAUUUUCUUUGGGAGCUGACAUGUGCGCGUGGUCGUUUUAUAAGGAGCUGGACGCCUUAUAAGCUUAUAUUUUCCGCUUUUAUUUGACGUUUGUGUUGCCUCAGUGUAGGAAAUCCCAAAAUACUUCAUAAAAAACAAUGAUAGUUCAAUGUCUUGCACCAUUCGUUGACGAAAAAAAAACUUUACUCAAGAUAAAUUUGUUCUCUAAUUUUUUGUAACAAAUUGAACGUUUCUUUGUCCGAUCGAGUAUCAGCCUAUUCUUAAAUUUACCAUGUGUGUGUGUGUGUUUUUUUUAUCUGUGCACGAAGUCUGGAUCUGUAAUUGGCUAAUGUUGAACAGUUGAAUUCGAAUCCAGCAUUUCGUCUUCUUGGAUGAUACGACCCUGUAUGUGUGUUCCAGGAAAAUUGAUUUGAAUCGAAUAGGAACGGUGCAGGUGAAUAAUUCGUUAAUUUUAAUUUCAUUUUUGUUUAAGCUUAGCACUUUUAUAAAGCGGCCACCAGUAAACGCCGAUAUUUGUAAACAACCCCCUUUUGGUUAGGGAACAACAAUAGCAAUUUAUCCAAAUCAGAGUGAUAAACUCUGCUUUACAUAAUUAAGCAUCCAUGUUUUAAGACAUUUGUGCUCAGGUUUUGCCUCUGAGUGAUCAGUGAUGAUUUAUGCCCUAGUAGUAUAAGGAGUAUGAGAUACUGGUUGCUACAGGGUCAGAAGUCACUUGGGUUUUUUUCUUCUUCAUACUGUUGAUGAAUAGGCAUCUUACAUUUAGAAGUGACUUGAUGUUAGUGUUGGGAAAUGACUGAAAUAUUAUAAUCAGUUAUCAGAAAUAAUUGUACUGACCCAGCAUAUCAAUCAUCAAAUGUAAACAGGAAAAUUGCUCUUUAAGAAUUCCAUUUAUAAUAAGGAGAGCCACUGUACCAUGAUUAAGAACAGAAGAAAAACAUACAAAAUGUAUGAGAAAAGGGACAUCAAUAUCCUGUAGCUCAGUGGUUAGAGUUUCCAAGCUAGUGAGAACUUGGAGGGUUGUGAGUUAAAAUCUCACCUGGAGCUUGUGAUAAUUUGAUGAUCAUCCUUUUGUUCUUUAUUAUGAGGGUCAUUAAAAAGACAACACACAAGUUUCUAAUAUGUUUAUUUGCCAACAAGAAUUUUAUUUUUUCCCAUGAUAAUCAAUUGAACAUUUUCCAUGAGCAGUUAUCGCAUUGUUUGAAGAUUUAGAUUGAUGAUCGAUUAUAAUCGAAGAUCGGCACACACUACUACAUGAUGUAGAUGGGGAUACCACCUAAAAAGGGUGUAUACAAUGUAUCAACUGUUGCUAAUGCUUGUUGUUCAAGGCAAAUUCAGAAUCUUGUUAUUAAUAUAUUUUUAUGCCUACACUGUAGGUUGCCCCUGAAGAGUACAAAGCAACUGUAAUGAGAGUCAACAGAGUUCUUAGUAAAACAAUGCCUGUAAAUGUACGUUGGUUACUUUGUGGUUGUAUCUGUUGUUGCUGUACUCUUGGCAUGUCCAUGUGGCCUGUUGUUUGUCUAAACAAAAGAGUAAGUAGUUAUGCUGUUUUAAAUAGACUAAGGGUCUUCUUGAGUACAUUCAAAUCUGUUUAAGGUGUGGUCCUUUGCCAGUUGAUAAGUUCUUCUUUUCCUAUCAUGUUGUAUGGAGAUAUUAGAGUCUCUGUCUACUCUAAAACUUGUUUUGAAAUCAAGUUCAUGCAUUUAUGUAUGUAUAUAUGUUACAAAUAGGUGUUUUGAAAAUCAUAUUAAGAAACUUAUUGUAUUUCCAAUUUGGUACUUGAACCAACUGAUCAAACAUGUUCAUUCAAUAAAGUUCAUGAUUAAAAAUAUCUAUCUAUGUCUUAGAUUAAGUUACUUAGUAGAUUCCUGCAGUGUGGUAAGAGAGGCUGUAACAGCGCGGGCUGCCUGUGGGUCAACUGGCCACAUAAAGUAUAUUAUAUACCAAUGCAUAAACAGGUUUUCCCAGGAGACUAGAAAGUGUGUCUUUAUCUACUUUAGUUAAAAUUGAAGGUGGAUUUGGAUAACCUGACCACUGAAUGAUGUCAUUAUUCUUUUAUUGUAGACAAGGCAUUCAAUUAAUAAGGUUUUAGAUGCUGAAAACUGCCACCUUUACCAUAAGGUUUGUAUAGCAGUCUUGAAUAAUGACAGCUUGUUCAUUAAUUAAUGUAAGUCAAACAUAAAUUCAUCACCAAUAGAUGAGCUUGGGUGCUAGUGCUUACAAGGUUGGUGGAGCCAGGCAAUGCUCUAGCACAAUGAAUGUGGUAUCCAUGGCAACCCUGUGAGUGGUCUCUGCCAGGCACUGUCACACUUAACUGUUCAGUGGAAUACUUAGCAAAGACACAUUCAAAGAACUGCAAGCAAGCAGCUUUGUAUAUGUUGUAGUUAAUUUUUUAUUUCAGGUAAUUUUUAUUUUUCCAUUGUUUUUGGGUAUGGUAAUGUAUGCUAAUGAAUUUAAAACAAAGGGAAAACAAAAAUUACCUGAUAUAAAAAAUUAACUGCAACAUAUACAAGUCGCAAGGUGCCCUUGCGAGAAGCAUUGGGCUGCUCCUAGCAUAGUUGAGAAAACUGCUGACCAGCAUUGGUUUGAGGUUAACUUUGCCUAAAUUACAUCUAACCACAUUUAAAUCAGUGUAGUGCUAAAUUUCUGUUUAUUGUUCUCAGCUUGGACUCCAUUGGCGUCUAAACAAACAGCGAUGUAAUUCCAGUAACAUGAUGGAAUAUGUAAGUUCUGUUCAUUGGAGCUGUUUCUCACAGUGAAUGUGUUAGUCUAGAAGUUAGCUAGAAACCUUACAGGCUGGUAAUCUGUUGUAACAAAUAACUUCCAACAGUUUCUAGAAUUUCUAAAAAGUUCACCAUGCUACAAUGAUGCUCUGUUAGGGUAAAAUUCCAAUGAGUGAAAUGGCCCUGAAACAGCGACAUAAGACAGAUGAAAUGAUGACAUUGAAUGACGUAAAGAUGGGUUAAAUACCAACAGGGACAUUGCCUUCUACUCAUAUUGCGAAACAACCAUAUUUGAAAUCCAGACCAGGGAAAUACGUAGUGUCCUAAGAGGACCUCUGCAAUGUUUACUAAAAUUUAAUAUUUCCAAAUUCAUAUUUGUAGGUUUUGCUAGUAGAAUUCUUGCCAAAGGAACAAAUUUUAAAACCAGACUGAUGACUGAUGUUGUCCUGUGAUCACAAGAGCUCUCCUGGAUUGUGAAUAUAAAAUUAUUGUAUUAUUGUAUAUUUCUUAACAUAAUUUGUAUUAAUAAGACAGUAAAUAGAAAACAACUGUGUAACAUACACUGUGAAAAAAAUCCAAAUAUCAGAUAUACUCUACAAGUCCUGCAUGUUUUGUAACAAGUCUUGUCAGGUUGUAUUGCAAGCAAGAUUUUAGCUUCACUCCAUUGCACAGUGAUAUGAAUUCCAGAUUAUUUUUGAUACCAAAACAAAUUCAAUAAUUUAGCUGACACUGAAAACUGUAUGUACUUUCUCAGUUCAACAAACAAAAUGAAGUGCCAACACCUAAGGAGAAAUGAAUUGAAUUGAGCAAUUUUUUAUUUGUUGUUGUGUUUUCUAUAGUUUGGUUUGUUGGUACUGGUAAAUGGUGUUUUCUGUGUUCAAGGCCUUCCAACCAAAACAUGCAAGGUUUCAUGUCUUGUAGCAUAUUAAGUUAUUGAUAAUGAUUUUUGAAGUUAAUAAUUCAGCUAUAAUUUUUAUAUUUUAAGAUAACAAAUGGAGCAGAGAGAAUUUCAAUUACCAGUUUUAUUGAAGUCGUUAUUUUUUUCCUUUCUCUUUUGACAUAUUGUUAUGAUUUAAACCCUCUUUGGGUCUGAGUGACAUUAUUAAUUUGUUGUAAUAACCAGGGCCAAGUUGUUUGAAGUUCAACGAGCUCUAAUGCUGGGUUAACUUGUUCUACUUGUCCUUUGAACAAACUGAGUGCUGCUGACCCACUUUGUCAACCAUUUAGCUCCAUCUGAGGGUCUCAAUGGGGUUAACCGUUAGGCGUCAACCGCCCUAAAAUUCAACUGUCAACUGUCCAAAAAGGUUAUUUUCACCGUCAACUGUCAAAAAUGCAGAUUAAUAUUAAGUUUUAAGGUAUUUCAAAUCUUAUUAUUUCAGCUGAUCUUCACGGACUUUUGGCUCUCUCCACUCUCUCUCGAGACAUUACAAGACCUUACAACUUGCUUAUAUCUGAAAAUGUUUCAAAAUUUUACAUGUGAAAGGCCAAGACAACCUCAAAUACCCAGCAGUUACUAUUAAUUUAUACAGGAGUUAAUAUUUCCUUUAACUCUUGGACAAAAUUUCUACCACAUAACCGUCAACUGUCAAAAGCUUUUAAAUUUAACCAUCAAAAUGGAAAAAAAAAAAAUUCUUCCUUUUUAUUGGCUGAAAGUCCACCAUGUGACCUGCAAAGAACUGACUUCUAAUAAUGGUCUGCUCAUGGGCAAUGUUGUCCAACUGUGUUUGGCUGCAAAUAAUAUUCUGCUCAUGCAUAAAUAUAACCACACUUUUCUCCUUCUUGCAAUCACUGUUGCUUGAAAAAUGGCAUAUCGCUUCGCUAAUGAAGAUAUUCAUUAAAAAAGUGAUUUGGUGAUUGAAUGGUAAAACAAUUAUUUAACUUGGUUAUCGCAAAAUAUCGUGAUUUGUCAGUGUGUCGUAGAUAUUUGCUUCAUCCUUUGGCCUUUAUCCUUUCUUCUCAGCAUGUCUGCCAAAUCAUGAUAUUUUGUCCAACCUUGUCCAUGAAUUGUUAAAAGCUACAACUCCAUUGAAACCCUCCCAUCUAGUACAGUAAUUUACCAAUGUCAUAGAUACUCUUCCCAUGUAACGUUAAGCAUCUCCCUUACCAAAGUUAGAUGAGAAAAAGGGAUUUAAUGAAUCGUUUUUUUAAAAUGACGACAUUAAAUUUGGAUAUCAAGGUUGUUUUUAGUUUAUAAGGCCUAAACAUGUGUCCACUUUUUUUUGCUCAUUUUUGCUUGUUAUCAGUAAUUGAAGUAUAUUUACUUGUGAUUUUGAUAAAUUGAUUGUGUAUAAUAUGUUGUCCUGUUUCUCUGUGAAUUAGUAAAUUGAGGCUCACAUUAAUUCUUUAAGAUAACAGUUUAUUUAUUUAUAUUAUUUUGCAUUGUUAAAAUAGUAAUAGAAUUAUUUUUAUUGUUGUUGUAUUUGUCAGUGUCCCACGACACAUUAUCAUUGAAUCUUGCCUUCAAAACUCUCUUUAAAAUGAUGGUUACACUAUGAGACUUAUUUGCUUGUUGAUGUUAGGAGUUGUAGGGGUUGAAAUAUUUUUUUGUGUUCCAGCAAAGGUUUACCUCAUGUAAGGGAAUCCAAGACAGUCUUGGAUUCUGGAUUCCACACUGUGGAUUCCAGUCUUUGUCAGUGGAACUUGGAUUCUGGAUUCCACUUGUUAGUGGGAUUCCGGAUUCCUGGAGCUGUAUUCUGGAUUCCAAACUCCAGGAUUCCGCAUUCCACAAGCAAACUUUCCCCCGAUUCCGGAUUCCAGAAGCAAAAAUUUCCCAGAUUCCUGAAUCAGAAUUCCCUUACAGAAGGUGAAAAGGUUCUGUUUCUGUUAGUGCAUUUAUUGAGGUCUAAAACAUAAGGUAUCGCCAAAGGCAAUAAACUUGCCAUGAACAUGUAAAUCAAAUUUCCUGGGGCAAGAUGUCUUUUCACAUAUUUCUUAAGUA